AGAUAGGCACCAGCUCCCCCAUGACCCCCUAUGGAAUAAGCGGUAGAAAAUGACUGACUAAUUCAACAAGUAAAAGUUAUCAGGCCACAUUGAGUUAUCAUAGCAACGCAUUUCUAUGAUAGGAUCAACACUCCAUGCCAGUUGGUGGCAGUAAUGUACCAUUUCGUUGUUCGCCUACGGCUAUAAACACCAAGAAGAAGAAGCUUAACCUGAUAAAUCUUAAUAUUAGUUUGUCUGGGACUUAAAACUCCUCGUUAUUCCGACCAGGAUUAGCCCGAAAUCCGUGCGCUGUUUUGUUCGGCGUUACCGCAUCUCCUUCUCCUUUAAGUAGUCCUUCUAACCUCUCUUUGUUGUCUGUAAUAUGAUUUCUCCUGGCGACUCUGUCUUGCAGUCCCCUGACAAUGGAAACGGAGUAUCGGGAACCAGAACACUUCCUUGUCCGAUGCACGGAUGUAAGCGCGUGUACACGGAGAUGAGUGCUUUAGAAAGUCACAUCAAGGACCAUGAUAUUCCAGCACAGUCUCUGCCUGGUAAAAAGUUGCUAUGUUCUUCUAGCGGCUGCAGUGCUUCCUUCCCCAGCAUGCAGAAACUGAUGGAACACACCAGGCAUCACUACAAAGCUAACAUAUACUUCCAGUGUGAGAGUUGUCGCACCAAACUACGGUCUUACAGAGGCCUCCUGGCACACCUGCACACCUGUUCCAAAGUGCCGCGGGCCAAAGCAAAAUCUUCUGAACCUGCAGCCCCUCUGCUUGCUGUUGUGGGUGCUUCAAACAUGACCCCAAAGACCACUGACUUAGCACCCCCACAGCUUGAGUCGGUGUCUUUACCACAAGAAGUUCCCAUUCAAACCAUACACCCUGAUGAAUCAGUCCCUGCUGUGGUUCCCUUGCCAGACUCUGCUGAGCCCCCUGUGCUUGGGCCUCCCAUCUUGACUCUCCAGGAACCCCAUCCUUCUCAGCGUGUUACUCCAAAGCUCACUGAGGCUUCUUCCCAGCCUCCUCUCAGGGACGAACCCUCUAAACCGCCUGCUGGUCUCAAGCUUAUUGCUCUGAAAGCAGCUGCUGACCCUUCUGAUGUCCAGAGUCAACAGCAGGCACAUAUCAGGUCUCAUGGAGCUGUACACACUGCUCCAGGGUCUGCACCAUACACUCCUUCGGCAGCUAUCUGGAGGAAGAAUCAAGCUAUGUCGUGCUACAGACGAGUCCUUUGGGAGCACACCAGAGGGCGCUACACCUGUGUUCAGUGUGGUCACACAGUAACCAAUCGCAAGGAAAUGACACAACACAUCAACAGUCAGCACAGUGGUGCCAAGUCUGCAGAAGAUGGAGGAAGUUCUGUCAUAAAGUCUUAGUGUGGAGGUGGAGCUCUUCUCUUUAGAUCAACUUUCUGAGAGCAGUUUCACGGCUGAGUGGAGAGCGAGCAGGGCUGAUGGGCUCUUUCUGCAAAUGCAGAUAAAGUAAAAAAAAAAACCAGAUACUAAAUAUUGGCCUGCUUUGCUUUUCGCAACAUAGCAAAUAAAGCGACAAUUGAUUAAAAAUAUUUUUUGACGUUUGAAAACUCAACAUGAUCAAAGAGUACAUAUACCUAAUAUGGUUUUCAUGUAAUACUAGUAGUUGGCUGAUGCAUAAUGCAAUGACACCUAGUCUACCUGAUUUUUCUUUUUAUGGCCUGGCAAAAAACAAGUCUUGAAUUGGCAGGGCUCAUAGCCUCUGCUUUUAGCAUGGUUGUGCUUGUUAAAAUGCAUGUGUGAUUAUGUUAUUAAAAACUAAUGCUGUUUUGGCUUUGCAUCUGCAGGAGAUGUGUGUUCCUGGGUUCACAUGGUUAAAUGUAAUUUCAUUAAAACAGACUUAAAGGUC